UAUAGCUCAUUCUUGCCAGCCUGCUCAGCCGCUUCAUCUUCUAUUUCUUUCCAAUAUUAGCUUCCUUUUUUCUUUUUCUUUUUUCUUUUUCUCUUUCCUUAUCAACAUCUUUAUCUGGUUUGUUUUCUUCAACUUCAAAAACCAGCUACUUAAUUAGUAGUGUACCUGGUUUAUAUAUCCAUUAAUCUUUUUUUUUUUUUUUGGGUGUACAACUAAGAUUGCACUUAUUCACAAAAGUGUAAGGUUGUUUUCUUAGUUCAACUAAAUUAGAGGGAAAAUAAAAAAAAAUAAAUAAAAAGGUCUUUCUCUCUGGAGCUUCAAGGGGAACUUUUUUCGUUAUUUUGUCAAAGCGAUCAACAACUACCAAAUUAGUACCUUUUUUUUUUCUUGUUAAAUUCUGGUGGUUUUAAUUCUUUGGAAGAUGGUAAUUUGUAUGGUUUCUCGAACGGGAAGAGAGUCGCAGAGGUACAGCAUGGGCCGCCGCCAAGUUGUUGGAUGUAUACCAUAUAGAUAUAAGAAUGGAGGCGAUGGUGGCAUUAGCAAUGAAUUGGAAGUCCUUGUUAUUAGUUCACAGAAAGGUCAUGCUUUGAUGUUUCCUAAGGGUGGUUGGGAACUUGAUGAAUCUGUAGAAGAAGCAGCUUCCAGAGAAUCUCUUGAAGAAGCUGGAGUUCUAGGAAAUGUUGAGUGUGAAUUGGGAAAAUGGAGCUUCAUCAGCAAAAGCCAUGGAACAUAUUAUGAAGGUUACAUGUUCCCUUUGUUUGUCAAGGAACAACUUGAUCUGUGGCCGGAGAAACAUGUCCGGAGAAGAAUAUGGAUGUCUGCUGCGGAAGCUAGAGAUGUUUGUAAGCAUUGGUGGAUGAAAGAAGCUUUAGACAUUUUGGUUGAAAGGGUUACAUCUAUGCGUGAACAGAUCAAGGAAGAAAACGUGAUAGCUUGUUCCCGUAAUUAAUUAAUUAGAAAAUAUUGAUUUUUUUAAAAGUUAUUUUGUAUAUAGGAAAAAAAAAAAAUCCUCAAUAGCAGCCCUCUACAAACUAAAUAGAAAAUUGGGUAGAUGGGGCCAAAAUUCAGGCAGACAAAUUACAUAAGUGUAGAAGAAAAGAGUAUUGCAAAAUGUGUACAUGGUUCAAUCUGUUCUUCAUCACCAUGACCUGGGAAGAAUAGCAAAAUGUAUAAUGUUAAUCAACUUUUAUUUUAUCUUUUGUAAGAAAAGUAAUCGGUUAAUUGAAAAUCUUGCACGAAGAUAUAUGACAUAUCUUAUACAAUUUAAAUUUUA